CCAAUAAUUUCUAACCAACAAAAAACAGCUGUUUGAAGUUUACGAUAACAAAAAGUAAAUGAAAAGUGAAGAUGUGAAAUUAAAUAUUACAAAGUUAACGUAAAAACUAAAUUAGUAAAGAAGAAAAUAUGAGUGAGAAUAUAUAUGCCGUAAAUCCUGUUGAGAAAGAUAUCGAAGCUGAUACUGAAGAGCGAGAACUAGCAAAUCGGAUUUUCAGUGUUGAAAGUGAUGAUGGACUUAAACCGAUAAAUGCUGCAGAAAAUGCGGAAAUUUGGCUAAACGACGGUCACGGAACCGACGAUUUAGAUGGUAUAGACGAUGAUUUAGAAACUGUAAAUAUAGGCAAUUUUUUUCAUCGAGUGGAUAGUGAUCAAAUAAUUUACCAAACGAAAAAGAAACGUUUAAAAUUAAUUGGAAAGUAUGUUAUGGGAGAUUUGUUAGGAGAGGGUGCUUAUGGUAAGGUUAAAGAAAUGCUAGACUCGGAAACGUUGUGUAGACGGGCUGUGAAAAUAUUUAAGGAAAAGAAAUUACGUAGGAUACCGAACGGAGAACAAAAUGUACAAAAAGAAAUAAGUUUACUUAGGAAAUUAUCCCACAAAAACGUAAUACACUUAAUUGAUGAGUUUAGAGAUCCUGAAAAACAAAAACUAUACUUAAUUCUAGAAUUUUGUGUGGGAUCCCUUCAAGGUUUGUUAGACUCAGCUCCUGGUAAAAAAUUACCUGCCCAGCAAGCUCACGUAUACUUUGGACAAUUACUUGAUGGCUUAGAAUACCUGCACGGAGCCAGAGUUGUCCACAAGGAUAUUAAACCUGGAAAUCUUUUGCUAACCAUGGAACAAGUACUUAAAAUUUCAGAUUUUGGUGUUGCUGAGUCUAUAGAUUUUUUUGCCAAAGAUGAUACAUGCUAUAUAGGGCAAGGAUCGCCUGCUUUUCAACCGCCAGAAAUUGCCAAUGGUGCGGAUAGUUUCCCUGGUUUCAAGGUCGACAUUUGGAGCUGUGGAGUCACACUGUAUAACAUAAUGACAGGAAAAUAUCCGUUUGAAGGGGAUAACAUUUAUAGGCUGUUUGAAAAUAUAGGAAGGGGAGAUUUUGAAAUACCAGAUGAUAUACAAGAUCCCCUUAGAGAUCUUCUUUUAGGAAUGCUUAGAAAAGACCCAUUAGAACGAUUUAGUUUACAACAAAUUAGACAGCAUCCAUGGUUGACCAGGAAACCACCUCCUAGCGAAUAUACAGUUCGAAUACCGCCGCUGAAAAACGACGAACUGCACAAUAUGACAGUAUUACCCUACUUAAUCGAUCAUUAUUAUGGUCCUGGAACGUGUUACGACGAGGACGGCAAUGUGACCUACGAGGAACCCGAAUACUUCACAGAAAGAGAACUUAAUGCUGCUGAAGAAAGUCGGAAACAGUUAGCUGAACAAUUUAACGGAAGUUCUCAAGCCAACCGAAGUUCAAAUAGCAAGAGAGGCAAAAAGAAACGUCCUAUAUCAUGUAUGACUGUGAGGACUCUUCCUAUGUGCAAACCAUCGUGACAAACCAAAGUCUUUUUUAAUAAUCAGUUUUUGUUAGAUAUGCAUUUUCUUUUCUUUUUGGCCUUUUAAAAUACCAUACUCUUUGUGAAAUACUGAUCGCACAGUUUAAAAGCGUAGUAAUUAAAUUGUAAGAAAAAAUUAAAUUUCAGUUAAGGAACGUUUUAUCCUG